AUGUACCGGACUGACUGUACCGUUUGCAACAACGUAAGCUGCAAGCUGGAGCAUGUUGAAACUAAUGCCUUCAAGUAUUUUCCUGUAGAGGCAUCCGAGUUCUGCUCGCGAACACACUGUCUUGACUUUGCUGAGAUCGUGCUUCGUGAGAUUGAACCGGUGCUCGUGCAUCUGGGUGGAGAUAUGCUUGCUCUACUAAAGCACAGCUUGCUCGAUGCAGAAGGAAGGUGCUUGGAUACGCUGGAACGACUGGAUCAAGUGCUCGCCGACUUUCAGCAAAAGCAGCACACUUUAGUGGGUACCGAAAAUGCAAGAGUGGCGGCAGCAGCUAUAGCAGCAGCACAAAAGUUACUGGCGGAGGUGGCAUCGGAUAACAUGUGGUGGUUUGCUAAGUUUUUCAUCCAGGAGCUGGCCCCGUUCGGUCAGAGCGACAAAGAUCUUGUGCUAAAGAUCAUGGAGGAUAAGCUUGUGGUAAGGAAUCCGGACCGGCUGCGCAAGCUGUAUCGGCGUUUUUCGAGUCAAAAGCCGUCAACUAAGUCGCCACAACAACACAUGCAAGGCAGCCGUAGUGGCUCAAACGGCGCGAACAGCAGCAACGACAGGACCAACGGAAAAGGAAGUAACAGCUCUCAAGAGAAGAAUCGACCAGAUACUCGAAGUAGUAGCGACGAGAACAAUGAGACUAAAAACUUCACAGCGAUACUGGAACGCAUGAAGAGCUUUUUCACGGAGAACCAGCUUUUUUUCUUCCACUUCCUGCACAGCUGUGACAGCUACGACUAUGCUCGCAAAGACUUUACGGAAGUGGUGCUAAGACUCAAGGUAGUGGCAAAGUUUCUUGGGUAUCUUCGCUUUUCACCGCAGUGGCAAGUUACAUCCUCGCUUCGUCAGCUCUCUGAGCAUAAUGCUGCGCUUUAUGCUAUCGAGCGUGAGAGGAUUGACACGCUGGAGGUGACUCGUGACUCAAGUUUGGAUGUCAAAAAGUUGCUGGAGAACAGUGUUCUGCAAGCAUCAAUGUCUAAGUGUAUUCCAUGGCUCUGUGACUACCUAUCGAUGCUUUUGCUCGACAGGCUGUCAUCCGGCACGACAUCUUUUAAACAGCUUGUGGCAUUAUUGCAGCUCUUAUAUCGGUCACCGCGUUUGGACUAUCUAGGUGAGACUGGGUUUUACAUUGCCAUGCAGAUUGAGCGCGUUUUUCAUGUAUUACACAUGGGUGGUUGCCUUUUGCACAGCGACAGCUAUCAAUCUCAAGAACUGCUCCCGUCCUUGCAAGUCCGCAAGGCACUUGCACGUGGGCAUGAAGUUUCGUCCAAGGAGUCGAACGAUGGUGCAGGAGAAGACUAUAUACCAUUCUUGCACAGCCAAGUGUUUGUUCAAAGCUGUGUAAGUAAACUUGAUGACUUGCGUGGAUUCAUCCAAACUCGCGCACAGUCGUUGCCGCGCAGAAACCUCUCGAUUGGCUUGCGCAAAAUGUCAUCAAAACAAACGGUAGCACCUAUCCGCAAACUUCGACCGUUGCAGGUCGGAAUUGAAAACGAUAGCUGCGUAGACGCAAUUUCUUUGUCUGCUGUCAAGCCUGAUGCUGCGCAUGCUACCCCUCCAGGGAUGGCGGCCGCGACAGCAUUGCUCAGCAGAUGUUGGCCACUGCAAGAUGAGAACGACAAGUUGUCCGAUGCCGUUUUUAUGGUGCACCCAAAGUUAGAAUCUGUUGUGGAUUUUGUGGUGAGAGUUGUAACGACGGAUGUGUGUGAACAUGUCAUCGAGCAUGUCGUUACGCCACGGGCCGACAUUUUCGUGGAUCGGUGCGCUUCUGAGAGCGGUCUGCUGAGUGUCGGAAAAACUGCGGCAGCAUCAGCUACAUUAGCGAACUCUGUCCAUCUUGAAAACACUGGUGCCGAAAAGCUCCCAGACGGAGUUUGUGAAACGGAUAGCCUUUCGGAGCAAGCGUCUUUUAAAAGACUACGGAGUCAAAUCUAUGGUGGCAGCCACUGCUCUUCCUGUCUCUGUAACACUAUCGGAACCAAGUUGGAGACCAGACCAAUUGCAGCGCAAAACACUGUAGAAAGCGUUGAAAGACAAGCAGUGCAGCCAGUUGAGAAAGAGAAGCGGUAUAGAGAACUGAGGCGACGCGCUGCUGCCAUUGAGACAAACACGAGUCACAAUAAAUCGAAAAAGUCAAGUCCUGCUGAGUGGGAACUUCAAGCCGCAACACUUUCACAGUCUUUGUUGCUUUUCACCACCUCGCUGAAUAAUUGUUCCGUAGCUGGUGAUUUGACGCGUGAUCUCGCGUCUCCGUUAAGUGCUUCGGCGCUCGUGCUCUGGGACAUCAUUUUGCGUGGCACCACAGCAUGCCUGAAAUUUCUUGGGUUAUCACUGAAUUUGUUUGCUGCAUAUGAGCUGUUGUCAAUGAACGAAGGAGCGGAAACCGACAUUGCCAUAUUGCGUUUACAGUCCAUGCUUAUAGUUGUAGUGGACGGUGUGAUGGAGCUGCCGUCCUUGGCCUCUGAACAUAAGGAGUUGAUCAGACGAUUUGUUGUCCAGGCUAGCUCGCUGGUCGUGGCAAAAAUGCAUGUGGUGAUGUCGUCCAUGCCAGGAGGUGAUAACAACGAUCGGCUACUCAACCUGAACUGGAAUCGGUGGGUUGGACCUCAAGCCAUGUUUGCGACUGAGGGUCAAAUUUCAGUGCAUGCGGCUCAAUUUUGCCUGAAUGUGUGGAAUACUGCUAUGUCGGUAGCAAGAUGA